AUGAACGUUGUUUAUUUCUAUGGGGAAUUUAAUGAUAUUAUAUGUAACACAUAUAAUAAAUAUAUUUUAAAUUUUAAUAAAAUAUUUUAUUAUUUUUGUAGUGUAAGAAGUUGUAUGUCUUUAAAAUUAACCUCUGGAACACAUAUCUUCGUUCCCUGCAAAGAAGAAGUAAUUUUUACACUAACUCUGAUAAAAUAUGAUUAUAUUGGAGAUAAGGAACCACAUGUAUUUAGUACAGCUAGUGACGCAUAUUACGGAAUGCUUGACGGGUUUUGCCAGAGUAUCCUAAUCUCAGGUGAGUCAGGAGCAGGGAAAACUGAAUCAACCAAAUACGUACUCAAGUACCUCUGCUCGAACCUUAUACGCAAUAAGGUGAAUGUAGACCAGUACUAUCUUAGUACGCCACAAUCAAAUCUAGACUCUGACGAAUCAGUCCCAAAUACAGCCCGCAAUAAUAAAGCAAAAAAUAACAAAUUACAAAAUAAUAAACCUACAGAAAAUGUUGAGAUGAAGGUGUUGGAAAGCAACCCAUUGCUUGAAAGUUUUGGUAACGCAGCAACACUGAGGAACCAUAACUCGAGUCGUUAUGGUAAGUACAUAGAACUUCAGUACCUGGAAGAAUCGUCAGAAAGACUUAAGCUAAUAGGAGCAACAAUCCAAACAUAUUUACUAGAAAAAGUUAGAAUUGCACAACAACAAGCUGGAGAACGAAAUUAUCAUAUUUUUCAUCAAUUAACAGCUGCAUUCCGUAAAUACGGGAGUAAAUACACAAUUAACUUUAUGGAUAAUACAGUAAAUAGUAAAGAAGAGAAUUCUAACUUAGAAAAUGAUUCAGUUUGGGAUCUAGAUUUGAGUAACUUUGAAGGAGAAUUCAGAAUAGUGCCAAAUUGUAAACCAAUAGGAAAUUUAGAUGAAGAUUAUGAUUUGGAGUUUUUUAAAGAGAAUCUUAGAGCCAUGAAGACAUUGGGGUUGGAUCUAGAACAAGUGAAUGUAAUAUUCUCAAUUAUAGCCACAAUACUACAUUUGACUAAUAUUGAGUUUGUUCUGAACGUACACUGUUCAGAAGGCGCAGUGGUCUCAAAUCAGCAAGAGAAUAGCAUUUCUAAGAUUUCUCAACUUUUACAGGUUGACGAAAGUGACCUUUUGAACGUGCUUUUGACCCGAAGCAUUAAGACCGUUAAUGAGUUUUACACAAAGCCAAAGCGUGUGGAUGAGGCGAUAGAUACGAGAGACGCAAUUGCAAAGAACAUGUACAGCAUUUUGUUUGAUUUCGUAGUAGCGGUGGCAAACUCUGCAGUGGAUUCGAAACAGUCAGAGGUAGAUGUAUCCACAGGGAUUCUUGAUAUUUUCGGUUUCGAGUGUUUUCAGCUCAAUUCCUUUGAGCAGCUGUGUAUAAACUUUACCAACGAAACUCUACAGAAUUUCUUUAAUACAUGCGUCUUCAAGUAUGAGCAACAACUUUAUACAGAUGAAGGAAUCACUUGGAAUCCACUGGAUUUUCCAGAUAAUCAGGACUGCAUUGACCUGUUUAAAUUGAAAAUACAUAGGUUUGAUAAGGUUAGAACUGACCAGAGUAGUUUUAUUGUGAACCACUUUGCGGGAGGCGUUAAGUAUAAAAUUGACGGCUUCCUAGAGAAGAACAAGGACAGACUCUCAGACGACUCCAUUCACUUUAUCACUAACGUUAAAAACGAUAAAAUCAAACUCAUCUUCGAGUCACUCAUUACAUCCAACCAGGUACCGAUACAUAUUUAUAAUUCAGUUACUAACUCAAUCCUAUUACAUAAUCCUAAUUUGACACAGUUGAUGAAAAAGAGGAAGACUAUAUCAACCCAGUUCACAACCCAGUUGGAUCAGCUGAUGAAUAAAAUAGGCAAAACUGAGCCUCAUUUCAUACGUUGCAUAAAGCCGAAUCAGUUAAACUUGCCAAAUAUCUUCCAAAAAAACACAGUCAACGAACAACUCAAGUAUAAUACAAACUCGCUAGUUAUAUUAAUUAGUUGUUUAAAUAACAUAUAUGAAAUCCUGUUUAACUCGUUGCAAGAGUUGAGAAAUAGAAGUGCAACGGUGAUUCAGAAGACAGUGAGAGGAUAUAAGCAACGUAAAGCGUAUCUGGAGUGUCUACACAAGAUAAGAACUCUGCAGAUAUACUUGAAGUAUAAAGUGAGGAAGAUCCGGGAACACAGAAGAAGGCGUCUAUUGGCCGCAAUAACUAUCCAGUCUACAUUCAGAAUGUUCAUGGCACGAGCUGAGUACAGGGCUGAGUUGGCCAAGUGGGUUCGCCUGCAGAGUCUUUUCCGAAAUAUUAUCCUGAGAAUCGAAGUCAGGGAUAAAUACGUCAACAAUUCGGCGACUGUGAUCCAGAGCUACUUUAAAGCGUACUUGCAGAGAAGGUACUACAAGCAGCUGAAGUCAAGCGCAAUCAAGUUGCAACUUAAGUGGAGAUCAAUACUGGCAAGAAAUGAGCUUAAAAAGCUACAUCAGGAAUCUAAAUCACUAGGAACUAUGAUUGAGAGGAAUCAAAUAUUGCAAGAAGAGUUGAAGGAAGAUAGGAUGAAGAUGAUGGAUUAUGAGUCGAAGGUGUAUCAGUUGCAGGCAAAGAUCACAAGCCUAAAAGGACAACUCGAGAGAGAACGUAAUGAGAAGGGGUUGGUGAUCCAGGAAAAGGAGAAACUAGUGUCUAAUAAUAAGGACCUGGUGGACAAGAUUACGCACCUGGAGAACACAAACUCGAAGAUACUAAACGACCUCAAGAUGAUUAAGCAGUUUAUAUCGAAAGAAAUUUCAAUUCCACAACGUACUACAAAUAAUGUGAGAGAAGCAUCUCCGAUGUCGAGAAUUGAUUCAUACCAACAGCUGGCCAACACUUUAAAUUUAUACACACUUUAUGGUAUUUUAGGUGAUGAUAUUGGAGUGAGUGUACUGGAAAUUCCAGGAGAAUACAUAGACGAUGAUAGGACGCGUGGUGUUCUUAAGAACAGUUAUUUGAUUGCUGUCUGCUUUGAUCCGAGUUCUGACAGAUCCAUUAUCGAGUGCAUAACAAUGGUCAAGAUCAUUAUGUCUUACGUCCAGCUCAAGUACACAUCAAUAGUCAUAGUGCAAAACAAUUUAUUAUUGCUUGAAGAAUCCAAAUUUCAAACUGAUUUAUCACUAAUACAUAAAUUUGCAUUUGAGAAUGAUAUUUUAUUUGUCAAGGUUGAUAAUUUAUUAAACUUUAUAAAGAAAACCAUGCCCUUUAUCGAGUCUAAAAAGAGUCUCAGAACCAUCCUUAACAUCAAGAAAUCAUCACCCAAAAAUGUGGUGAGAGGAAAGAGUAUAACCAAGAGUCCCAUAGCAUUUUUCUAUGAGCGAUUCCGUAACUUUUUGACUGGAAUCAGUUCCUCUGGAACUCAAACCAGGCUACUUCAGGCCACAGUGGCUGAGCGUGAGAGUGUGAAGCUGCCUCCUCUGGGUCUGAAGAGAGUAGCAACAGUGUCAACCUACGAGAGCGCAGUCACUUCAGUGGCUGUAAGAUCAGAAGAACCGACAGAUCAGUACGUGGUAGUGGCGGUGGGAAGACGUAAUGGAUCAAUUAAUAUAUUUCACGUUCAUCGUACUACUGUUGAACAUAAACUUCUCAACUCCAGUGCAAAGGAUGAUGAAGAAUUGUGCAAUUUAUUGAAUGGUGAUGUGAUUUAUGACGAAAACACUAAGGUGGUUGAUUAUUUGACUCUUAAAAUGCACUCCAAGGCUGUUACUUGUCUCACUUUCUCAAAGCUUAACGUUGAUGAGCUUCUUUCACUUUCUGUAGACUGCACUAUCAGGGCCUGGAACGUCUUGACUGGAGAGCUGAUCAAGGUUUUCAACGACUCGUAUCCUGGACUCAGUAUUCAGUUCCACCCACUUCAGCCUAACUAUUUUCUAUCUUGCAAUUCCAAUCCAACUCUAAGGAUCGUAGACUACAAUGAAGGAACGGUGAUUCAAAAGACUAAGAUAAAGAGUGAAAUAAGAUGUUUGAUAUUUGAUGACACGAGGUUGAAUGUCUUGGCUGGUACUGAACGCGGAUCAAUUUCAGUCUACGAAUCUCAUUCCAACAUAUAUAAUGUGAAUAAUAAUCAUGUGGCAUUGCCUUUGAGAUCAUGUUAUACAAAGUAUGGCGGUGGAUGGUGCGUGAGUGGUUCUGAGGACAGGAACAUCUUAAUAUUUUCUAUGUCAGACGAGAACAUUCCCUUCUCAAUUCCCUUCCACAACGGCCCAGUUGUCUGCACUGCCGUCAACCAGAGCGACACUGUCCUCGUCACUACCGACUCCAAAGGAGUGGUAGCUUUUUGGCGGAGGACUUUUCACGUUAAAUCCUAA